AUGGUUUCUACUAAACAAUUUUUGGUAACCGCAGCUUUCAUGCUGUCAUACUUUGCCUCAUUUGCCUUCGGUCAAUCUUUCGAAGGUAACACUGUCCUAAAUGGUUUAACUAUUUUCAUUCUACCAGUUAAGAUCGCUUCUGGCGCUAACUUGGUUAUCAAGUCCGGUCUAAUUCACAAUUUCUUCAACACCAUCACUAACAGAGGUGGUCUAUACAUCUGUGAAACUAAAUCUUCUAACAUUGGUAUGACUAUUAUUUCUAUUGACAACGUUUUCAACUACGGUACUUACGUUAUUGAUGACUCCCUUGCUUCCACUGGUUUGAUCUACGAAAACUUCGGUAACGAAUUCUUCAACUCCGGUGAAAUGUACUUAGUUUCCAAGAAGCCAUUGAUCACUGGUUCUGACUACAGAAUCUGGGCUAUUACCUUCCACAACGAAGGUCUAUUGGCUUUCUACAACAAGGGUACUUCCAACUUCUUAACCAACGUCCACUUAGGUCCAAAUCUAUACUUAGAUCUAUGGCACAUCUGGAACGACGGUACCAUCUGUCUACAAGGUGUUAACUUACACGCUAGAGUCGCCUUUGAAGGUGAAGAAGGUUGUAUCGACGUCGGUGAAUAUGCUACUUUCACUGUUAACAACAUCAUUACCAGAUCUGUUAAGUCUCAAACUGUUUACAUGUCUUCUGAAACUUCCAUCGUUUACGUUAAGUCUCUACUAGGUUUAACUUCUCUAACUGUCAGAGGUUUCGGUAACACUAACGCUAUCUACUUCCAACUACCAGUUCUUUACUACACCUAUAACACUGCUUCCGGUAUCUUAACUGUUAUUGACGGUUUAGACUUGAUCAGAAUUGACAUUGGUGCUGGUUACGAUAUGUCUCAAAUGUUCAGAAUUACUCACCACAUCUGGAUUGGUGCCGGUGUUGUCUACAACGGUGACGUCCCAGACACUUCCAGACCAUCUAACUGUGCUGAAUGUACUGAAGCUCCAAGUUGUGACGAUGCUCUAAACGGUAAGUCUUCUGUUACUACUGCUUCUAACACUUACACUAACACUGAUCUACCAUCUCCAUACACCACCACUGUCUCUGCUUCCGGUACCACUGAAACUCAAUUGAUUUCUUUCUACUGGACCACCGAUGCUAAUGGUUCUACUUACAUUGUUGAAACUGUCUACACUCUAACUGGUUCUGCUGCUUCUUCUCUAGACGCUGAAUCUAAGACUGUUUCUGCUGCUUCUUCUGUCGAAUCUUCCGUUGCUGCUUCUUCUGCUGCUUCUUCUGUUGAAUCUUCUUCCGUUGCUGCUUCUUCUGCUGCUUCUUCUGUUGAAUCUUCUGUUGCUUCCUCUGCUGCUUCCUCUUCUGCUUCCUCUUCUGCUUCUGGUUCUCUAUCUUACUACACCACCACCAAGUCUGAUGCUACUACCACUGAAACUCUAGUCAUCUCUGACUACACCACCACUGAUAACAACGGUAACACCAUUACUAUGGAAUCUACCUACACUAUCACUGCUUCUCAAGCUCCAUUGACCACCUACACUACCACUGUUGUUGUUGAUGGUACCACUUCUGUCUACGUUGUCUGUGACUACACUACCACCGACGCUAACGGUAACACUGUCACUCUAGUUUCUUCUUACCCAUGUAUCACUGAUGGUACUGCUACCACUUACACUAGAACUAUCACUGCUGAAAUCUGUACUUCCACUGUUGUUGUUUGUACUUGUACUUCUACCAAGUCUAACGGUGAAACCGUUUCCACUUUGACUACCUACCCAGCUACCUACACUCCAACUGACAUGUCUGGUGACUCUUACACCACCACUGUCGUUGUUGGCGGUACUGUCACUGAAGUUGUUGAAUGUGACUACUUGACCACUGACUCUGCCGGUAACACUUACACUGCUCACUCUACUGUCACUGAAACUUCUUUGACUACUACCACUGAAACUGUUUGUGAAACCUGUACUGCUACUGCUACUGCUGCUGCUGCCAAGGACACUGAUUCCACCACUACUGUUACCAACACUUCUGUUGCUACCAAGACUGCUUCCCCAGUUGUCUCUCAAGCUGCUAAGGCUACUUCUUCUGCUGCCAUUGCCUCUUACGAAGGUGCUGCUGCUAACCUAGCUAUUGGUGGUUCUUGGAUCGCCAUGAUCUCUGCUUUCGUCUUCUUAUUAUAA